AAAGAACAAGAAGAAGAAGAAGACGACGAGCACCUGAGACGGUAGAGCUGCGUGUACCAGGCUGUAAACAUGUUUUUUUCUGCUGUAAAGUUGGGCAUUUUAACAUGGGGAGUCUAUGGGACUGACUCCCUUUUGGAGCCAGCCUCCAGCGACCAGUCGAUGACUUGCAGUUUUAGUCACUUCCGUGUUGGUUUCAAGAGAGGGAGCGGGAGGUUGCCGCUUGGUGAAACAUUACAAAACAAGUAGGCUUAACGUGUCUUCAUUAGACGUCAGUACACCAACCAUACAGUGACAAGUGUUCGGUCCAGUUUGAUGGCUGACUUUGGAAAACACCUGACAUCUUUAUUGAGACGGAGAGAAAUGAAGACAGUUUGUCUUGUGCUUCUUUUCGUAUCUUCUGUGUUUGGUGAUACAGGCGAAGAGGUGUCAGUGAAGGAGGGAACAAAUGUUACUCUGCCUACUGAUGUUAAACAACCAAAUGAAACAAUGCGGUGGUAUUUUAACAACACUCUCAUCGCUCUGAUCAAUGGAGAGCCCAGUACUAGUUGUCUGUAUGUUGGCGAAGGCGGGAUAUUCAGAGACAGACUGAAGGUGGACUAUAAGACUGGAUCUCUGAACAUCACAAACAUCACGACUAACCACACUGGAUGCUAUGAAGCAGAGCUCAUCAGAGGCAACAGCACAGGCAAAAGUGUACCUUUGAACAGACCCAGCAAGUGUGACAGCACAAAAAUCUACAAUAAAAGCAGCAACAGUGGCGACACCAUAAGAACAUUCAAUGUGCAUGUCAAUGGUGAGUCACUCAAAGGUUCAGGUCUGUCUCCAGGUGUUGUAGCAGGAAUUGUUGUUGUUGUUCUGCUGGUGGUUGGUGGUGGUGUUGUUGUUGAUGUUGUUGUUGUUGUUCUGCUGGUGGCUGCUGCUGCUGCUGUUGUUGUUGGUGGUGUGAUGAUCUAUCGCCGCAGGAGCUUCAGAAAUGAUGGAGUCGAGGAGAAAAAGAUGUUUCGUUAGCUGAAGGAAUAGAUUCCACAGAGAUCUCGCCAUGAUCAAGCCCAUCUGGGGUCACAAGAAGACAGAUGGACGGAAUCCAGAUCUCCGAGAUGCGAAGACAACCGUCUGGGGUUCAUUAAAGAGAAAAGAUGGAGGUCAUAUGCGAUAAGAGAAGCAGGAUCAGUGUCCGUUUACUCUACAUUAAUGUAACUCUGCAAAUACACGCAUGUGCUGUUGAGCUUGAUGAAAUGAUUUGCAGGUGUUAGAAAUAUUAAACCACCUGUUACUGAAAGGCAGCAUAGAUAAUCCUGAAUACAAUAACAACGAGUCAAGAUUAUACUGAAGAAGGUUAUACUGCAGAGCUGUAGACACCACUUGUGCUCACAGUCGUUUGUUUAUGAUUGUUUUGCGCUAUAUCCUCUAAUAUUUUUAUCUAGAGUCAAAAGCACUUUGUACAAGCCUUUCCGCUCCGUGUGUCUCUCCAGCUGAAGAUGUAAAGCACUGCAAGUGCUUCAGGUGAUGUGGUUAUUUUAACAACAGGAGCAAAAACACGUGAGCUGCAAAUAAAUAUAAAUAAUAAUAAAAAAUAUAUAUAUUUUUAUUCAUAUAUUUUCUUAGUCAGAUGGCCUUCUGCCUUACAUAGGUGUCUAAAUGUAGAAAUAAUAAUAGUGAUAAAACAGCUGAUCUGCCC